AUAACUAUUAUUUUUUAACUUUGUGAUAGUCAAUGUAGGCUAACAAUCAUUCUUUUUAAUUAAAAAAUGAUAGCUAGUAGUAUUUUUAAAAAAGAAGACAACAGCGAUAUCAUGAAUGUUGUAGUUUUUGAGUUUCAUCAAUUGCAGCCCUCGUUUAACAUGUCUUCCAAUCGAAUCGCCGUCUUCACAUCGUACCGACGUUUGAUUCAAUAGUAUAAAAGCUCUAAUAUUUUAUUGUGGCCUAGAUUACACGUCAGAAGUUUGAGUGGUUUGACAGCAAACUUUUGGAUCAAAAAUGUUUUGCGGCAAUAGCUUUAGGAGGCUAUGUGUCCAAACACGCAUCUUGCAUGUGCUGCCAUGUGGAAAACUUAAUCGAUUUUCAUAUACCCGUCACAUGCCUUUCACCGUUCACAAGUACCGGUUUCCACUUGUUGUCAACAAUGGAAGCAAUCGUUUGAAGUCAAAUGAAAGAUAUUUUAGUAUAUCACCCGUUAACCGCCUUCCAUUACCUCCAAUAGCAGCUUUAGUGUUGCGUCCAGUUGCCAAGUUUUUUGCUAUGGUGUUGGGUAUACGUAUACGUCGCUGGUGGACAAAACUGAGUCCAAAGGAAAAGCAACAGUUUUGGUAUAAUGUACACAAACGUCGGAAGCAAAUAACUGCUGUCAUAGCUAGUGCCAUUGGUUUGUUUCUCGUAUACUGUGCUGCUCACAUGGAGUUUGAUCCAAUAACUGGUAAACGUCGAUUAAUUCUGUUUACAAAUCAACAAAUGGUAGAACUGGCAAAUUCAAUUGCCCACGAAUUAUUGAAUGAAAACCAACAAUCUGUGCUAAGUCCAUCACAUCCGCUUUACAAGCGAGCUUUGUCCAUAGCAAUGCUAGUGAUAAAUGCCAAUAAGCCAUAUGAUCGCUUACAAAAUCGAAAAUGGUCUCUGAUAGUUGUCAAUGAUCCAAGAAUUAACGCUAUGGUUUUGCCAAAUGGCAUGAUAAUAGUCUUUUCUGGGUUACUAUAUGCAGCUAAUGACCAACAAGUAGGUGUUGUCUUAUCACACGAAAUUGCACAUUGUUUCCUUAAUCAUCAUGCAGUACGUUUGAGUCGAGAACAAUUAGUUGAAAUGCUUUGGCUUAUACCACUUACUAUAAUGUGGGCAGUGUUUCCAGUACCAGAAGCUAUUUUAGGUUACUUAUUCGGUCAUUAUUUUAAAAGUUUAGUAAUGAUGUUGCCCUAUGAACGUGACCAGGAAAUCGAAGCUGACAAGUAUGGAUUGAUGUUAGCAGCUAAUGCGUGUAUUGAUGUUCGUCAAGCACCAGUUUUCUGGAAGAGAAUGGAAAAGCUUGAUCCAAAUAAUAAAGACACAUGGUGGUUGUCUACUCAUCCGCCUCACAGUCAACGAGUCAAAUAUAUUGAAGAUCUUUUACCAUAUGCGUUACAAUUAAGACAACAAAAUGGAUGUCCGUCCUUAGAUAGAAGUUAUUGGUCAAAAUUCUCAUUGUUUUAACAAUAAUUAAGAAUUGUAGUCCAAAAUAUAUAGAUUACUGUGGUAAUUAUUAUGG